UCUGCUAGUCAGCACAGAAACGAGUUUUGUCUGCAAUCUUCGAGCCGGAAUAAAUUUAGGUUUUCCGCGUUAAUUUAGUAUUUUAUAGGGAACAUGUCUCAUCUUCUUCACCCUUUCAAAUCAUUCCAAAGAUGCAGCAUCAUGUUUUCAAGAAUGUACGCGUCAGGAUCAAGUGUCUUGCUGUGGUUUCAAAAGGGAGAUAAAGCCGCUCUCUCCAGGACGUUUAGCGGAGAAGAGGUGCGUCUCUUCGCCGAACUCUCGGGCGACACAAAUCCUCUGCAUACCGAUGAAGAAUAUGCUGCUAAGACGAGAUUUGGCAGGACUGUGGUUCAUGGAGUUUUGUUGAAUGGUUUGGCAUCUGCUGUCAUGGGAACCAAACUACCUGGACCUGGAACCAUUGUCAUAUCUCAUUCUACUGAAUUUCCAAAACCAUUAUUCAUUGGUGAGGAGGUCAUCGCCGAGGUGGAAGUCACAGAUGUCAGGAGCUUAUUGGUAAAUUGCGCCAUCACUUGUCGAGUUCCUGAAAGGGAUGAGAUUGUGAUGACUGGAACAGCUACACUUCUUGCCCCCAAAUCAGCUAGGAGGAAGAAACUCAACCCAAAUUCAGAAGAAACAUGAUGCAAAGUUUUCAACUGUGAAUGGAGGAUUUGCAAAAUAAGGAAGACUGUUAUGUGAUGUUGUGAACUGAACAUUGAGGCACGGUCAGUUGCUCACAUAAUCCAGCUAACAAUUGAAGUUAAAAACGGAUUCAGCAAAUUCAGCAAUUCAGCAAGUGCCAAUAAAGCUAAUGCACUGUUUCUUCUAUUUCAGGAAUAAUAAUACUCUGCUUUUAUAUAGUGCUUAAUACAUCAGAACAACGUCUCUUAGUGCUUUACAGAUAUAUUAUCACCUGGGUCAUCUGAUCCUUGCAUGCCCCUACACAGUAUAUGCACAUUCUCCACUCCCUGGGGAGCUUUCCAACCAGAGUUCCAAGACUCUAUUGCUAGGCAUACUACAUAGGCUUUCCCAUCUUACAGGUACCCAUUUAACACCUUGAUGGAGAGUGUGGAUUGACGCCUUGCCAAAGGAUGCUACGUGCCAUGGGGUUCAAACACGCAACCCUUUGAUCUUAAGGCGAGAGUCAGAACUGCUACACCACGAUGCUUCCACAGUAAAUAGGAAUAGUCGGAACAGAAAAUUAAUUCAGUAUUAGGAAUAUCACAAUGUGAAAUACAGAUCUGAUUUCUGUGUACAGGAAACUUAUUUUCACUAGACAUUUACAAGUUUUUGUUAUUAGCUACUGAAGUCCAGAUAUUUAAUGGGCAGAGGGUAAUUUUGUCUUUGGUUCCUAAAAUUUGUACCAUAACUGAAAGCAAAGUUUAGAAACAAGAAACACAAAUUUGAAUGUUCACAAACAUGGAAGGCCAAACGUUUUAUGUGGUAAGCACCAAAAAGCCAUGAAACUUGGGCUGUUGUACUUUGUUUCUAUAGUUGUAUUGGUUUUCAGUUUGGUAAAUAUAAAGAUUACUCAAAUCGUUGAUCAUUUAUUAACGAAAUCAUUCUCAGGCAAAAAAUAGAGUAUAUCAUAAACCACAGAUUGGGUGAAGGAUGUGAUCUGAAAUAUAAUCUUUAAUGGUAAAUAUACAAUAAAAAUUAAAUUCUAAAAAAGAUUUGCAAACAAUAUAACAGCCACUACUUAUGUAAGAUGGGGAUAUUAAAAUGAUAGAAAACUAUAUUUCUUAUCAUUGAACCUUUACCAAUGGUUCAGAUAGGCCUUGAAUAAUAUACUCAUCAUUUUCAUUUUUACUAUUCAUGAAAUAGUGAAUGGACAACUCGACUGAGAGGGAUUUGUUUCACAUUUGGUUCCUAAAAUCUUGGAUCUAUCAACCAAGCCUCAGACUACAGGCCAGUGAAUUUACUAACUU